GAGAAAUUAGCGAUGAAAAGUUAGAUAGAUUCAAGCCAUCUCGAAAUUUAUUUAAAACUAAAUCUAUCUUGAAUUUAUUACUAGUAAUAGCUUUCUUCUUAAAAUUAAAAUUUUAAAAGAAAAAGGUGCGUUCUUGAAUAAAUGGGACCUUAUAAUUGGGGCAUUUUGAAAUAAAACUCUUGGGUUGCUGCGUUUAAAUCACAAACUUUCAGUCUGAUUGAGAUGAGGAAGAGGAGUAGAGCAAAUCGCAGUGUCAUUGAGAUUAUUUCCUCUUCUUCCGAACAAGAAAAUGGAGAUGAUGAUGAAGAAGAAGAAGGAAGCUCAGAAGCAUUAUCAGAAUCGGAUGACGAUUUUACUGCCACCAGUACAGAUGAUUUUGAGUCCUCCGCAUCAAGCGAGAGCGAGGGUGAUGAGGAGGAGUCUUCUUCUUCCGGGUCUCAAGAACAUGAUAUCGAAGAGGAAGGCGACAGACUCCUUCGCAUUCUCCAAGGUUUUAGAAAAUUGAGGAAGCUAAGGGCAGAAUUGGGUAAGCUGACGUUGACGGACUAUAAAGCAUAUUUGCGGUUAAAUGGGUUGAGGUUAUCAGGUACAAAGGAAGAAUGUAUACAGAGGAUCAUAGAGCAUUGGAGGAUGAAAGAUGGAAAUGGUCAAAGACAAUAUCCCAGAUCAUCAUUUACCAUAAACUGCACCGGUGAUGUAUGUAAAGGAGAUGUUGUAUUAUUCAAACAGAAAGUGUACAAGAAGUUUGACAAGAUGACCAGGGGUGGAGAACAAUUAGGGAAGAGAACCAUCGCUGGGAGGAUUGUCAAGGAGAGUUAUGGUGCUGCCAAACAGCAGCAUACCUUUACGGUUGAGGUAUUAUGGAGCCAAGGCGUUAAAAAACUUCCUCCACUUUUUCCGUUGCUCGUGAAGGGACGAAACCUAUAUAAAUUGAAGACUUUCAGACAGAGAUGGAAGAAUGAAAAGGAAAGAUUGGAAGUGCUAGCAGAGAAGCACAAACGUGGAGAAGCAGCAAGAUUAAUUAGAGCAAAAAGAAAAUCAAGAUCAAUAAAGCCGACAAAAGCAUCCUCUAAAAAUCAAGUUACCAAGCAUCAGAAACUUGAUCAUCAUAGGAGGCCAAGCGAAAUGACGCAACCAGGCAAUGGAAAGAAACAUAAUUGUUCUAAUGAUGAACGUGGGAAAGCAAUGGCAGGAAACAAAAGAACGAAACACCACCAGCGAAAGCCUCGUCCACCUGGAAGAUUGAAUUUGGCAGAGUCCAGAAACAGUAGACCCCCUAUGAGGAAUCCAAACUUUGUGCCUGCCUUUAGGGAGACCCCAUUGCCGCUUAAUUAUCCUUCAGCGAAUAAUUCCCGCCAUUUUGAAUCAGAUGCUUACAGCCAAAGAGUACCAUAUUCGUAUUCAUCUAACUGGGGUUCAGCACCAAGAUCACAUUUAAGCUCUUACUCUUAUGCUCCGCCUGCUCCAGAACAUCAACAAUAUGGUCACGGAAGCUAUCCAAAUUCUUCAUACACUAGGUAUGUAUCUCAGUCUAGUAAUUUUCCGUAUUCCCCUGGCAUGGUGGGUACUCACAGAUCAUCAGGUUCAACUCCAUUUGUAAACUAUGAACGUAGAUGGAACCCUUAGCUUUUUGUCGCUAUCUUGCUCUGGCCUGUGCCCUGCACUUAGGGUCAGCAAGGGGUUUACAUAACCAAAAUGGUGCAAGGGGUCGUAAACUGACUUUUGGAACAUUGCCUUGUAGUAUUGUCGAAUUUCAAAUAUCUGUACAGGAAUUUGUAGAAGUGUUUUGUCUUUAAUUGGUAUUAUUAAAGUUCUGGUCUUUAGUUUUA